AUGGCCUACGACCCGACAGGAUGCGCCGUUGCCGCCAUCUGCUUUCUAGUCGCCGCCUGGGCGUUUACAGGUGUGCGACUGUAUGUUCGCGUUACUAUGAGGAAGGGUCCCUUCAUCGAUGACACUCUUGCUGUCAUCUCGUUGAUCACCUUCACGGUAUACACCAUCAUAUUCGCAUGGACCCAAUUAAAGGGCUACAUCCCACUAGCCAUCACCCCCUCCCCAGCCUACGGCCGAGCAGGCCUCAAGUAUUACUUCAUCUGCGACAUCUUCUACUCCGUCGGCACCUACAUCAUGAAACUCUCCUUCACCUGCACACUGCUAACCCUCACGCAAACACGCGCCCAAUUCCUCGUCCUCUCCGUCGUCAUGGUCGCCGGCGGGAUCAUCACCGCCGCCGCCUGCAUCCACGCAGCCCUCUUCUGCAAACCGACCUCCUACCACUGGAACCGCUUCGCCAACCCGCUGGCCGAAGGCCACUGCGACGCCUUCUGGUCCCGCAUGACCGCGACAAUGGUGCAGUCCGUCUGGAUCAUGAUCGCGGAUGUGGUGCUGGGCCUGGUCGUCCCGUUCAUGCUGCUGCACCGCGCGACGAUGUACUACAAGACGAAGAUGAGUAUAAGGGUUUUGUUGGGGUUGGGUUCGAUAGCAAGCGUCACAACCGUCAUCCGCCUCGUGUACCUGAGCAUCGCCGCCGCAGACCCCACAAUCACCUACGCCAUCGUCCCCAUGGCCUUCUGGUCGCUCAUCGAGCACGGCGUUAGUAUCCUCUGCGCGUCAAUGACGACCUGGAAGCCGCUGUUCGUGAAGCUGGGGAUUGUGGACGCGCGCGACGACCACGGGCCUGUGCAUGUUGGCUUCAACACGGCGGACCGCGAGGCGUUCGGGACGCAGUCGACCACGCUGAAUAAUGGGAGUGAGGGGCAGAUGGCCGAGUCGGAUAGCGGUAAGAGUGGCUGGAAGAAGUCGUUUGUGAGGCUGUUUCCGGAUAGGAAGAGGAGUGAGAAUGGGAGUGGGGGGAGUGGUCGGGUUGAGGUUGGGAUUCGGGAGGCGCUUGGGGGGUCCGGGGGUGCGUAG